AUUCAUUUCUCUCCAUGCAGCUCACCCCUUUCGGAUGAAGGCAGAUCACUCUGGGCGGGAACUAUGCCUGGAGGAUAUCUACGUCUGCUCUUACACACCAACUUUUUCGGCUUUGAUGAGAUCUCGACAAGCGAUGAAAACGUCUGACAUUCCGUCACUCGCAGCGAUCGGACAAAGUCAACCGGGUUCAGGGCAAGGCACGGUGCUCGCCGCUGUCAACAGUGAGCCCAAGCUUGUCCGUACACUCGUUCCUCCCAAUGUCAAAUUCACUAGUAUUGCUGGUGACGAGACCACACUCGAUGCCUUACGACGCAACACUUGGGUGCACCUCGCGUGCCAUGGCAAGCAAGAGUCAAGACCACGAUCAGCCUUACAAUUCACGUUUUUCCAUGAAGGAUAAACCUCUCACGCUGCUUGAUAUCACGGAGAACCAUGCUCCACAAGCUGAAUUUGCAUUCUUGUCGGCGUGUCAUACCGCCGUUGGCGAUGAAGAAACACCCGACGAAGUCAUCCACCUUGCGGCUGGUCUACAGUUUUCGGGGUUCAAGAGUGUCAUCGGCAUUCGGUGGGUGGUCGACGACGCUGUCGCAAAGCACGUUGUUGAAGCUUUUUAUGAGAACAUGUUCGAAGAUUUGGAGGACAGUGUCAUGGACUGUACGAGGGCGGCAAGGGCACUGAACCAUACCACGCACGCUGUGAAGAAGAAAGUGCCACUCGAGCAGCGGAUUGGUUUCAUUCAUAUUGGUGUGUAGUUCAUGUCGCAUUGCUUUGUG